AUGUCCUCCUCAGUGAGCAGGGCCGCCGUGACCACGCCCGUCAGGUCGACACCACAGAAGACCGCCGCUAUUGUUGACAGCCCGGGUACCUGGAGACAUCCUCGUCUGAACGAGAUCACGAGACGACGCAAUGCGACCACCUUCUCCGAGAAGAACGUGAGGAAGAUCGCAUACAACAUUGCCUUUCUCCUCGGUCUGUGGCUUUCUCAGGUUGUCGCACGAUCAUAUGUCCCUACUUCUUGGAUCAAUCCUUCUCUGCGAUCGUAUCUCGGCUGGGCGUACUACGCGGUCCAGCUCUUUCCUCUCGUAAACAUCGGCAUGGCUAUGCUUCCGUUGUUCCGUCCUGCCGACGAUCUUGCCGACAUUCCCCUGACGCCUGCCCAGCGCAAGCUUCUUGGACUGCCGCCCAGCGCAACGGCAGCCACUCCUGAUGCUGUGUACAGCACGCCGCCGAGAUACUCACGCACGCCGUCCCUGGCUGGCUCACCCGCGAGCAACAGAAGCUUCUCUGGCUCUCCACUGUCUGGACGGGGCAGCCCGGCGCUCGGGUCCUCGUUCAAUGGACAAUCAUACUCGCCCUCUCCUCUGAACGGCAGCCCCUCUAAGUUCUCGGCUAGUCUGAACAGCAACCGGAGGUCAUCUUUCAGUUCGUCCACCAACUUUGGUGCGAGCACCAACAGCAACCUGGGCGCCAGUACCGCCUCUUCUCUGUUUCCCGACCCCGGAACACCAAGCCCCUCGACGGGCAAGCGCACUAGUGUUGGCUUGAACAACAAGUGGCUUUAUGAAAGGGGCAGGAGAUCUUCGGGAGGCAGCUGGAUGCACUAA